CUGUUCGCGGAGCUUCAUCCACGUUGAAGCGGAGCAGGAAUGGACGAGAAGGACGAAGAUCUCGGUACAUUUGAUCCAAACAUACCAGAGGAGGGCCCAUCAGCGCCCCCUCCUGGCUGGCUGGAUGAUGUACAUGGAUAUCAGGGCCACAAGGGAGGAGAUGAUGAUAGCCCACUGUACCCACCUCCCCCUGCCUAUAACCCCCAGCCUGAACAAAACAGAAGCACCUCAGUGCCUGAUGUCAGGGUCCCCUCGGUAUCAGAGGAUGUAGCCAGAGAUGCUCUGCUCAAAUUUGUGGAAUCCAAAUGGAGCUACAGCUCCAAACCUGCCAGGAACCUCACCUUCAAAGACCUCCAGCCCAUCACAGUGUACAGGUAUCGACUGGAGACCUACACUGAGACCAGAACCAGCGCCUGGCAGUUUGAGCCCUACAAUGGGCAGGCGGUGGAUGGUCCUCAGCACGGUACGAGCCCUCCGCCGUGGGACGUCCCAGUGUCGCCGCCUCAGAGAUACACCGACAAGGUGGAGAAGAUCCGAGUGCCGCACUCCUCAUUCGUGAAGAUGUGUCACAAGUGCAAAGGCUGCGGGAGGACUCGCUGCACCGCCUGCUUUGGCAGAGGCCAGAAGCGUUGCACUUUCUGCCACGGUCGCGGUCGUAUCAGGAACAAACACUGCACUUCCUGUCACGGCAGAGGUCGAAAGAGGUGUUUGAGCUGCCACGGCCACGGCUACAAGACCUGCUCCGUUUGUCACGGCAGCCAAAACCUGCUGCACUUCAUCCAGCUCACAGUGACGUGGAAGAACAACAUGAGUGAGUUCAUUCCAGACCGCCAGCCCGACUUCCCUGACAAGAAAUUUGAGAAGGUGUCAGGAGAUCCUUUCUUCAUCGAUGAGAGUGUGCUGGUGUAUCCUAUCCAAGGUUUCCCGGAUCAGGAGAUCUGUGAUGUUUCAUCCAAGCUGAUUAACGAACACCUCGGACGCUUCGCUUCCACCAGCCGCAUCCUGCAGCAGCGUCAGACCAUCGAGCUGGUGCCCCUCACUCAUGCUUAUUACACCUACAGCGGAAAAGACUUCAGCUUCUUCAUCUACGGGCUGGAGAACAAAGUGUUUACCUCCAAAUAUCCCUCUGCAUGCUCUGUUUUGUAAGCAGCACAUGGUAUCGACCUUUUGUUAGCAUACAUGACCCAUAUAACGAGCUCUUUAUUGUGUUUGGACACUAACACAGUUUUUUCAGCUGUUUACUUCAAAGUGUCACAGUUUUAUCCACGUUAGAGGAAGGAGUUAGGAAGGGUAGCCCGACUUUUUCACAGAAGUGUUCCGACAGUUUUGAGCCGGCUGCUGUGACAGGUGUUCUCAGGUAAAAGGCUCACCUGAGUCAGUGUGAUGCACAGGCCUGUGUGGCCUUUAACCAGAGAGUCAUGGCUUAGUGAGCUGUACUGAGCUUAAAGUCAGAUUUUUCAUUGUAAUCAAUGUGGCUCUCUUUCUACAGUACUGUGCAAAGGUCUUAAGCCACCUCUCUUUCUUUAUAUUUUGCUUCACUGCAUUUUUUUAGUGCUCUUGAGCAGCAGUGCUGUCUGAAGGUCUUCCAAAGUUCUUCUUUGGACAUUCUCUCAUUUUCAGUGCAGUCCUUGAUGAUGAUUUUUGUUUGUUAAUACAGUGACCUCUGACCUAUGA